AUGGAGUUUGCUGAGAUUGAUCCUCAGGACGUGUCGCUCGAGCUGCAGCGGCUGAUGGAGGACUUGCAAGACCUCGACAACACCUUUUCGGACAUUCUGUCGAAUCAGAUGGGCUCGCCGCACCUGAGCAAAACGAACACGGCCAACCUGAACCACUCGCCCGUGCACUCGGGGGCCUCGUACGGCAACGAGGCGAGCAACGUGCCCGCCAUCAAUGACUUGCAGCAGUGUCCAGUCGGCGCCGUGCCGUACGCCUCGCCGACGGGCCCUGGCUUUUACAGCAGCGGCACUAUCGGCACUAACUCGAACGGACCGGUUUUCAGAACGCUGACGAGCGGCAACGGGUCACACAGGCACCUUUCGGCGCUCAAGGGUGCGGGCGGCUUCUCGCAGAGGGCCACCCGAAACGGCACCGGCAAAACAAUGGACAAGUCGAGCAAAGAGUACCAGAAGCUUCGUUUGAAGAAUAACAUCGCCGUGCGAAAGUGGCGGGAAAAGGAAAAGCUGCGCUCCAGGGAGAUCUCGCAAACGGUAGCAAACCUCGCGAAUGAGAACAUGGAACUGGAGAAAAAUGUCGAAUCCCUCACUGAGCAACUGAGCCUGCUGAAAUCAAUGUUAGGCAACAACGCCGGCUCGCUGCCCGAGCACAUGCAGCGUGACCUCGAAAAUGAGCUACUGAUGCUUCGUCAACAGCAGCACUUGGGCCACGGCUCGGACGCAGCUCCCAAUUAA